GCGGACCGAGCCGCGGCCGCAACCGGGCGGCUGGCGCAGGGGCGGCGGGGCGGGCCGCGGGCGGGCAAUCGGGCGGCGGCGGCGAUGCGGCGGCCCCGCUGAGCCCGCCCGCUCCUGGCGCCGGGAGGCGGCCGCGCGAGGCGGCCCUGGCCGGGCGGCAGCAUGCGAGGCGGCGAGGAGCUGGACGGCUUCGAGGGCGAGGCCUCGAGCACCUCCAUGAUCUCGGGCGCCAGCAGCCCCUACCAGCCCACCACCGAGCCGGUGAGCCAGCGCCGCGGGCUGGCCGGCCUGCGCUGCGACCCCGACUACCUGCGCGGCACGCUCGGCCGCCUCAAGGUCGCCCAAGUGAUCCUGGCCCUGAUCGCGUUCAUCUGCAUAGAGACCAUCAUGGAGUGCUCCCCGUGCGAAGGCCUCUACUUUUUUGAGUUUGUCAGCUGCAGUGCGCUCGUAGUGACCGGAGUCUUGCUGAUUCUGUUCAGUCUCAACCUUCACAUGAGGAUCCCCCAGAUCAACUGGAACCUGACCGAUUUGGUCAACACUGGACUCAGCACUUUCUUUUUCUUUAUUGCUUCGAUUGUACUGGCUGCUUUAAACCACAAAACAGGAGCAGAAAUUGCUGCCGUGAUAUUCGGCUUCUCGGCGACCGCGGCGUACGCGGCGAGCACGCUCCUGGCGGUGCGGCAGUGGCGAGCGAGCGUGCGCCAGCAGAGCGCCAGCGACUACGUCCGCGCGCGCACCGAGUCCCGGGACGCCGACGGCCGCGCCGAGAUCCAGCGCCUGGACACGUGAACGGCCGCGGGGCCUCCCCGCCCCGCCCGCCUCCCCUUCCCUCAUCGCGUCAAUUUCCAUGUGAUUCGCUUGAACUGUGUCCUCUUCGGUAAAAGUUCAUUUUGGGAAAGGGUCUCCAGGGUGGCCCGGGGGGCGGGUCCCUGGUGGGCGGGGGAGGCCCGCGUCCCCAGCAUCCGGUGGCCGUGGGAGCAGCUGGCCGAACUGGCUGCCCGGGUCCGCCUUAGGUCCUAACUGUCCCAGAGCCCAGGCUUCUGACUCUGAGCCACCAUGUCAUGUGCGUUUGUGAUGAGACUGGACUUAACGGGGCUGCUAAGAGGGAGAGAAUAGCCAGGAGUGAAGUACGGGGGUCCCCGGGCAGCCCUGGGAGGCAGCUGGCGCCGGCCCGAAGGCCACGUGUGACCCCGAGGGUCUUGGGGAUGCGCCGCUGGAGCGCUGUGCUGGGCACGGACUUCACGGGGCAGGGAAAGCUGCGUCCUGUGGGGACGGCGCCGCGGGACUGCUGACUCAUGGGAGGGCGACCCUUUGCUUCCUGCCCUGCUGAGAAUCACUUGAUUCUUCCCUAAAUGAAUCACAUUCCCGAAUCCCAGAUUCUUCCCCAGGAAUAUGGGGACCAUGUUAUUUUUCAGUGUCCUGCCUCCCCUCAGUACUUCGAGGCUGACUCGCGGAUGCUCUCUAGGUUUACCUUCUCAGGUAAAAGCCAUGAAAGAAACACGUCCAUUUCACCAGCCUGAGCACUUGCCCCUUCGCUGGCUCCGGGACCGCAGUGGGAGGCGUGUGCGUGUUCCCUGUGUUUUAGGGAUGCGUGCCCAUUUCCUCAGUGCCUGAGGACAGUUCUAAAGUGAUUCGCAGUAGACUUGUCAGGAUUUGAAAAUACUUGAAUUUGCACCAGGACACGUCCCUUCCGGAGGCACUAAUUGUCAUUUCGGGUGCCUCAGCGUCAUGACCAUGAACAUCCAUCUUGGAAGUUGUUGGGGAAAAUCCUAGUUACUUAAGGUCUGAUUGAUUGUUGACAAAGUGAACAUUUUUGCUUGUGGUGAAUGAGUUAAACGAGCCCCUUCGAUGCUGUAGUUUUUUUUUUUUUUAACUAGAGAUUAAUUAUAUCUUAUGGAAAAAUUGUUUUGUUAGGUUUUCACUCUUUGAACUGUAAGGUUUACAAACCUCACUCUAGCUCUCAUAUUUGCGGUUAGCCCUCACCAAGGAGAAAACACUGCUGGCGGGAGGAUUUGGCAGUAACGUGGCCCCAGGCUGAGCGAAUGCUUGCGGCUGUGGCAGUGCACUGUGUAGUAAGUGACUCGCAGAGGCAGGGGCCGCGUCCGCUUGCACACGUGUGGCAUUGCAUCCUCCAGAACAGAGCAGCCUGUGAUUUCGGUGGCGGCCAGAUCUCACUGCCAGGCGGGGGUUCUACAGGAAAUGGUGCUGUGCUGUCUCUGAAGGGCCGGGGUUCCAGGUUAGCACCCUAAACUGAGCAUCCAGCACAAUCUGGGUUCUGCCACAGUUCCCGCCCAUGGCAGUGGCCCAGGUUGCGUGGUCAAGCACCAUGUCCGUGUUGCGGCGCCUCCCUUCUUCUCCCACAGCGAGGGCGGCUCGGCGUGGUCACUGCUGGGCGCGCCGCCAGCGGGUCUGACAGAGCCCUCUUCCCACGUAUGUCGUGAGUCAGUGUCAGUCAUGCUUCACAAACUUUGAACCAAUUCUAUGGAGUGAUUUUGGGGGAGAUUAGGACAUCUGGACUUUAUCUGUUCAUUUAUAUAUUUAUUUUGCAUUUGUUGAGUGUGUGUGCAUAGUCAAAAUUGGGCUUAUCUCCCUCUGAGAGUUUCAUUUAAAAUAAGGCCACAAAGACUCAGCCUUGCAUUAAAUGGGGCCCACGUGGCAGGACCACCCUGUGCUUUAGCAGAAAUCUGCUGGGAAUCAUGUUACUUGGCCUCAAUAAAAGGCCACCUUUGAAGUGAGACUGAAAACAAGAAUCCCAUUCAGGCAGGAUCGUUGCCCGGGUUUUCCCAAGUCGCUUCAGUAAGCCCAGUUCAUCAUCUGGUGCAAAGGAGGCAGGUGACUGGCCUCCCAGGGAUGUGUUUUCAGCUGCAAGGAACAGUUCUGAAGGCCACUGAAAUGGUAAAUGCUGAAAGAUGCUAAAAAGCGAUGACAUCUUAGGCCACAGAGUGACUUAGGAGUUCAUUUAGAUCUGGGUGAUAGACUCUUCGGAAUUAUUUAUGUCCUUGUAACUAUCUAACAUCUUUUGUGCCAUGAGGCUCCCCCCUGGCUUUUGUAAAUGUGUCUCCUUGUCUUUAACCAGCUCCCAUUAGAACCCCAGGUGUCCACAGACACUUUGUGAUGGUGUGACGCACAGUCGCACAUCUCGCCACUACAGUGGGGUGAGGAAAGUUCUCAAGGGAGCAGCUCUGUCUGUGGUGGAUGGAAACACACCUGGAUCUUUGUCAUGUCGCUCUGUGCACAAACAGAAGACAGUCUACAUUGACAUGCCUUAAAUGACCUCUUUGCAAAUUGGAGGAAGCAUCUUUGCAUUUAAUAGUUCCAAUGUCGGUUUGGUUUGGGGCAUUUGAAGGCUGAAGCCACCUUAGUUUUUCUGUUUUCUGGUGGGAUGAUACUGAUUCUCAUAGUUUGAGCAAACUGGAGGGGAACUGGAGCUGCUGUGCACGUUUGGAUUUGUGCCUGGAAACGGUGCCGUUGAAACCCGCAAGCAUUUGGUGGGACCGCCGGUGGUUUUUGAUGGAUGCAAACGCUGACAUCCUCAGAGAAAGUUUAUUUUGGCACUGAUUUGGUAUGUGUUUUUUCUUUCUGAUUCUCCUUGAUCCUCGCUUCGCACUGCUGAAGGCAUGGAGGGAAAUAGCGUUUCCCUGUCACACAGAGAUUACAAUCAUGAAAGCCUAAAGACACUUGUUGGCCCCUUAUAAAGCCAGAAAAGGGCACACUUGGUUACAGAUUAAAAUCUCAUCAGAACAGUUUGAUUUAAAGUGAACAGCCAUCCGAGGGAGAUGACUUCUGUCUACAGAAAAAGCAGGAGUGUGGCAGCCUGCACUGCCCCAAUACGCACAUCGUCCUUGACUUGAGCUGAGGAGCCCACGUGGGCAGAGCCUGGUCCGUGGCUGAGCGCUCAGCCCUGGGAAGCUGAUGGCACACUGGUCUUUUGAACCCUAUUCCUGUCCCCCGGCAGGAAGGCACAGAGUGUGUCUGACCUCCACCCUGGGUGCUUCCAGGAAGAGCUUCGUGCCUCGGUGGAAAACAUUCCUACUCUCUUCCAGUUUGCAGUUCCGUCUGCCUUUCUUUGAAGCUUUCCUAGUGAGUCAGGCCUGGGUCAGGCCACAGGCGGUCUCUGAGGAGACCGAGCACUAGCUCUUGUGUCUGCACGCGUAUGUGAAUUCCUGCUUGCAGUGAAAGAGCCUUGAAUAACCUCGUGUGUGUCGUGUCCUGUGUGUGACCUAAGCUCGCCUUUUCUCAUAGAUUCUCGUGUGCUGUUUGGAAGAUACCCCACACCCAUCCAUGUGCUCUGAGAGGUGGACCAAGGUCUGAGCUCUGUCUCUGCAAGAUUUUCUGCGGGUUGGCCUUAGAACCUGGCCCAGCAGAUGAGUAGAGCAUGGAGUGUGUAGUGAUGCUGGAAGGCAGUGAUGAUUUAAGUAGUUCCUGUUGUGCCAUCUGCAUUCAAAACAAAGCAGUCAUGAAGUCAGUGUGCCACUGCCCGAUUGUCAUCCUUUCCAGGUCUUGUUUACAGAGAAGUGAUGACGUUAAACAAGGUAGCAAAAGGUCGAAAACACUUUCUAGGCCAAGGGCUGCUGGGUGAGUCUCUUGAGCGGAAUAAAAAGUUGCUUUCUGCUCCAGGGGCUGCCAUUUGCUUUUGAAGUCUCCAGGCACCUUUUUAGUUGCUAAAUCCAGGGUUUCUCUCUUGCCUACGUCUGUCUUAUUUUAUUAGCACCCAUGUCCAGGACCAGCAGGGCGAUGGUGUGGUGGGCUGGUGGGUCCAUGCAGGGGCAGUCUGGGAGGUGGGAGGAGGAGGCAGCCAUCUGGCACACCCAGCCUCUGUCUGCCGUCGCCCUAUUGAUGACACUAGACAUGUUUAUAAAUUCAGGCUGUCUUAGAAAAGUGUACUACCUGGUUAGCUACCUUCCUGUCCACUUGUCUUUGGAAAAGUGAGCUCCUGUGUUCCAGAAUUAGCUUGCGGGCAAGAGCAGAAUGCCGGGACCAGUCUGCUGUGGUGCUGUGGGUGAGCUUUUGGCAUCUAGUUUGGGAACUCGUGGGAAUUCUAUCUUGGACAGGACACAGACCUACCACUGCCACCCUUUAGCUUUGCCAUCUUUCUUGACUCUUGAUAAAAUCUUGUUUCUUUACUUCUCAGCAGAUAUCAUUAAAAUCGUAAGAUUUUAUGAAUAAAAUCACUCUGGUUGAGAAAGUAAUUUGAAAUAUUUGACCAUUUAUGUUUCUUUUAUUUAGAAGCUGUCUCUGAAAGAAAAUGCCUUCAAUAUCUAUCAGAUCUAGAAGAAUUUUCUUUUGAAAGUGAAUGUUCUGUUUAACUUUUCUUCAUGUAUACUCUUUGGCUUGAAACAGAGGAAUGGGUCCUAUUAUAUUUUCCCUUCUUUUGUCUGGAAUAUAUUCUUUUCCCAUUUGGAUACAAUUUCUCAACCUUUGGGAUUUUGUUUUCCCGUCCAGUUUUUCCUAUGCCAUAAACAUAACAGUAAAUUAGACAAAAAUUACCCACAAGCCCACUGAGUUUGAAUCGCUGGCAACUUGCCUAGAAUAGAGUUUAGAUGAUGAGUCCUUGAAUAGUGUAUCUAUUUCAUAGGGUUACUUUGUUGUCUGUAUUGUUUAUGCUGAGACUUUAAUUCAGGGGGCUUGCUGUCUAGACUCUGGGGUAGCAUGUUUUCUUUGGGAUGCACAAUACACAAUGGCCAGAGAGCCUUUGCUUAAAGGGUUAAUACCGCUUGGACUCCAUGAGCUAUCUGAACCUUUAUGGUUCUAAUUUAGGAGUGAGAUACCUUAAUCAGCUUUAUCCAUGAGAUUUAGGGUGAGCCCCAGAGUUUUUUUUCAGAAUCGUGCCUGAAAGGAGAGAUGGUGUGAACCAGGAUUCUGGUAAUGGUUUGUCUGGGAGCCAGUAACAGUCUGAAACUCUCCAGUCUGAGUCAUCUUUGGAUGACAAUGCUGAUAGUCAGUACCCUAUUUUUAUCAGGAAAGUCACCUGAAGGAAUGGUCAGGAAAUGAGGACAGUGGAGGGAGACCUGGUGCCCAGGGCAGGGCAGGCCUGACUGAUGGCUGCUUCCCUCCACGGGCCCUGCUUUGCUUGCCUGCUUUUUCCAGAAUCAAUUUUGCAAGUUCCAGACUCUGUUGCCCUCUCUGCAGCAGUGAGGAAGGCAAAUAUUCAGGGCUGGAAGGGAGAACCAGCGGGCUCAGGGCUCUCGGAAGGCAAGAGCAGGAUGCCUGGGGACAGGCCCAGCCUGGAGGGGCCACCUUCUCCCAACUCUCCGUAACCCACUUAAAAAUGAGUUUUCGAAUCUUGCCUCAUGAUGAAAUUAACCUCUUUGGAUAAAAUCAAUGCUUUUCAAAACUUGAUUUUGUUUGGCAUGGUUCCAAGAGAAUGCUAGGGAUUGAAACUAUUUGUAUAUGUUGAAAUUUGUAGGGGUUCAGGAACCCAUGGCAGAAAUACUAAACUAUUUAUUUACAGGUAUGAGGGUAUUUUUUUUUUUCAAAGUAGGCAAUUCUGUCUUUGUAUAUUUUAAAACAAAAUAAUAAUCACUUCACCUUUGGUGCCUUCCAUGUGUCGCAUAAGCACUCUUGUCAAUCAUGGAAUUGGAAAAAAAAAAAAAGAUGUACAUUUAGUUAAACCAAAUAACACUAUUUUUGUAGCAUGAUUUUAGAUUAUGUCCUUUUAAUAUUGUUUUCAACAAUGCUGGUUAUGAGGUUUUGGCCGUUUUCUCUUUAAUCUUACUAUGUAUUUUAAAAAAGAAAAAAAAAACCCUUGGCUAUUCUUUCUUCUCUGCUGCUUUCUCCCCACCAUCUUGUUUCUGCUUAUUUAAAUGGUCUGAGACUAAAUUUCUGUGAAAUAAUUCUGAGUCAGUAUAAUUGCAUUUGGCAUUUUUAACCACUUGCUCAGCUGGGAGGGCACCGCUCACCUCCGACAGUAAGAGGAAAGUGGUUCCAUGUUUAACACACCGACUGCCGUGUGAGUUGCAUCUAACUCGAGCUAGUUUUGAGCCUGGGGCCUCGCGAAGCAAAACCCUGCAGUUAGUUCAUAAAAGUCUUACUUGUUCUUAUUGU